AUGCUGGAGCUGACACUGGUGGGUUUGGAUGGCCAAGGUUUCCAGCUCACGGUGCCUGGCUCCAUGACCGGACUCGAGCUGCGAAGACAUGUGCGCGAGCGGCUGCCAUCAAAGCCCGGAGCUGUCCUCUCGGUAUAUCGGGAGGGAGCUUCGAAGCUUUCGUGGGUUCAAAGCCUGGAGGAACAAGGCCUUGAAACUUCGACGACGCUGUCCUAUCUAUACACGACUCCCAGUGUGCACGAUGCCUGGUGUUUCCUCCAGGGCUUUGCAGUGGAAGCAGAGGAAAUGGCCUGUGAGGGGCUCACUGAGAUCUCUGGCAUUGAGUUCGAGGAUCAGCUCAUAGACCUUCCAGAAACUCUCCAAAGGUUGACUUUUCGCAGUAACUACAACCAGGACUGGGGAGCUGUGAGAUUGCCAAGCGGCCUGCAGGAGUUGAUCUUCGGCUAUAGGUUCAAUCAGGUCUUGGGGCCCUUGCCGGUUGGACUCUUACACUUGUGCUUGGGACAUGAUUUCAAUCAGAGCUUAGUAGAUUUGCCCGCACAACUACAAAGCCUGACCUUUGGCCAGCACUACAAUCAAAGCUUAGAGUCUGUCUUCUUGCCAUCAUGUCUUCAGAACUUGACUUUUGGCCAUGACUUUGACCAAAGCUUGGAAUCCGUCAUGCUGCCAAUCAGCCUGCAGACAUUAGUCUUCGGCGAUGGCUUCAACCAAAGUUUGCGCAGAGUUUGCUUGCCAAGUGGCCUCCUACACUUGGCAUUUGGAGAUGGGUUCAAGCAGGACCUUCACACGACCAGUUGGCCCAGCAAGUUGCAGAACUUGUCUUGCCACGGCUGUUGUUUUCAUGGGCACGUGCAAUUUUUGGACAUAGUUAAGGAUUUGCGCAGCUUGACCCUUCAGAGCUUCUUCACCGAAAGCUUGGAGGCCUUGACGCCCUCGAGCAUUCAAGACUUGAUAUUGGGGAGGCUACUCUCCCAGAGCUCGAACAAAGUCAGGCUGCCAUGCCACCUGCAGAGCUUGACAUUCAGAGAUGAUUUUCAGGGGAGUGUGGAGAAUUUGCUUUUACCAAGCAGUUUGCGGAGCCUGACUUUGCCCAAAGGCUUUAAUCAAAGCUUGGAACGCAUGAUGUUGCCACCUCUUUUGGAAAGCUUCACUUUAGGCAGGGCUUUCAAUCAAAGCUUGGAGAAUGUGAGCUUUCCCAGCAGCCUUUUGAUGUUAACAUUUGGGGACCGGUUUAACCAGGAGCUUGAGCGGGUUCGUUUCCCCAGCCUACAGAGCUUGAGAUUUGGAUUUGAGUUCAAUCAGCCCCUGGAUCACGUGAUCUUGCCCGCCACCUUGCAGUCUUUGACGCUCGGUGAUUUGUUUGAGCAGAGCUUGGAGAACGUGACAUUUCCCAACCUGCAAAACCUGAUUCUUGGGAACCGCUUCAACCAAAGCAUCGAUGCGGUCACUUUGCCCAGCAGCCUCAAAAGCCUGGUGUUCGGUGAAUAUUUUGACCAUUACCUCGAUUUGGCGGUGCUCCCCCAUAGUCUAGAGAACUUGACCUUUGGCAACUAUUUCAAUAAGAGCUUGGAGAACGCAAUUCUACCCAACAGUCUUGAAAGCUUAACCUUCGGCCGCGCGUUCCACCAGUCCUUGGAGAACAUCAAUUGGCCAAAAAGUCUGACUCAUUUGACCCUGGCCAGUCACAACCACUUGGAGGAUGCAAAGUUGCCAAGUGGUCUUCGACUGCUUCGUUCUGAUGGUUUGAUGAUCACUUUUACUAUGGAAAACGUGCUGGUUUCGUAG